ACACUCCGAUCAUCCUGCUAAGCAAGCCACGUGGAUACCUCACGAAGACCUAUAAAUGCCCCUCAGGGGCCAAGUCAAAAAGCCUCUUGGACAAGGUCAACUCCUCAACAAGCCUCCACCUCAGCCCCUACCUCAGAUCCCAAAUACGUUCCCUCCUGUUGAUCAUGUAAAAGGAGGAGAUGAAAACCAACCUCACAACUCAGCUUCCACCGCCAACCAACUCUUAGCUUGGAACAACCCUGGUGAUCCCCUCAUCAAUUUACUCAACCCUGCUCCACAAUCCCUAGCUCCACAGCAAGACCCUCAACUAGUUCAGCAUGCUCCCGCUCUCAGUGAGUCUCAGGGCCAGUCUCACAUAGCCCUAGCUCAGCAACCUCUUCCUGAUGAUGUCACUCGAUGCCUGGACAGUUUAGAAAAACUGGUAGCUGAACAGCGAGGUGCCCCACCUCCACACCACAAUACUGACUCCAUACCCCAUCCUCUUAACACCAACAUCACAUUGGAAUCUUAUCCUGCUGAAAUGGCAUCUUCUUUUGCCAUAAAGUUUUCCAAUAGAAGGUUGAUCAGGAAAACUACUUCUGAACUUAUGCGAGUUAAACAAAGGGAUGGAGAAUCUUUGAAGAAUUACAUGAGCAAAUUCAAUGAUGCAACGUUGGAAGUUAGCUCCUUUGACAAGGCUGUGGGAAUUGCAACUGUGAUCUCAAGUCUUGACCAUGAGAGAUUCAGAGAUAGUUUGAUCAAGUAUCCUGCUACAACCAUUAACGAGAUCAAGAAUAAGAUGGAUUUGAGGCGACCUGGACCAAUGAGAAGCUCUGCUGCUACACGUGACCAUACCAGGUACUGUAAUUUUCAUCAAGAUCAUGGUCCUACAAAAGAGCAGUGCAAUAGUCUGAGGAAACAAACAAGGCGUGGGAUAUCAGCAAGCCCCACUUCCGCUUCUACCACCAGCCAGAAUUAUACAUAUGAUUAUGGGAGGCUUGGAAGCAUGGGGACUGAGCUCUAAACAGCGAAAGUUGUAUGUCAGAGAGGUCAAACAUCAAAACCGAGCUCAGAAACGGAAGUUUGACGAUGCUGACUAAAAGAAUCAACCCAUUACUUUCAC